AAAAAGCUCCAGUAGGGGCGCCACCGCCACCAUCCGCUAAAUUGUUUAUAAAAGAGAAUCCACAAUACAAAAUUUCUGAUAGAACGGGCGCUCUAAAGUUGAGCAUCUCAAAUAUGUAAACAAUUUAUAUAACUGCUCCGUAAACUUGCAAAAGCAUUCUAAAAAUUAAUAAAUUAGAAAUAUGUUCGCACGACGUUUAACAUGUUUGUUCACGUCGAAAAUAUCACGUCCACUGACCUGUACACGUGUUCGACAAAUUCACUUCUUAGCCUCAAAUUUGAGGCUCCAAAGCAACCACGAUUCGUGUGAUAAAACUUCGCUCAAUCGGUUUCAAGCAAAUAUUUUACAGAAUAACCGAAACAAUGAUUUACUUUGCACGUGCAAAAGACACAAAUCGAGGAAGAAAAAAAAACAAUUGCCACAGGAUGAAGAAAGCGAUGAGGAAGAAUGGGAUGAUGAAACGGAUGGAGAUCCCAAUUCAAAGCCAUUAUACAUUCAAGUUGGCUCUACAAGAGUAGAUCUUAUUAUAAAAUCUUGCCUUGGCAUGGCACGCAAUAAAGUGGAAUAUGCGCUAUACGACAGUAAGAUUCGUGUGAAUGGAGAAAAAGUUUUGAAGAAAAGCCAGCAGAUUUGUGUGGGUGAUAUCGUAGAUGUGGUUCGUGGUCCAAGUCCAAAGAAUCCUGAUUUCCUAGUGGUAUCACGAAUCACGAUUCUGUCAGCCUCGAGUCAGGAAGACUCGAUACGAAUUAAAUACACCAAGGACAAAUCGUUGCUUAUAGAGAAUUAUGAUGACGAAUCGACGUAGAAUCAUUGUACAAAAAUAUGUAUUUCAAUGCUUGCUGAUAGAGGCGGCCAGGUCUCUUAAUAUUCUUAUAUGAAUAUUUAUGUACAUGUAACAGUAUCAAUAUAAAAGGAAUAACA